AGCCAACAACACGUUGUCCUGGGUGUGCUUGGCCUUUGUCCGUAACAAAGACCCCAGAGACAUAGGCAUUUACGGAUACUUAUACCAGCAGACCGUCGAUGUGGUAUACGACGUCGCAAAUGGGAAGCUGGGCUUCGGCCCUGGUCACUGCAAUUGAUGCCUGUAUGCCUGCAUCCCCGUUUUAUUUAUCCCCUCUCCAUCACCGGUCAUCGGCGGCGGUUGCCGGAGACCAGCGGCGGGGCGGCGGAGGAUUCCGUCGACCGGCGGCGGCUGGUGGCGAAUUCCGGCGACCGGCGGUGGCGGCAGAUUCCGGCGGCCGGCGGCGGAUUCAGGCAACCAUCGGCGGCGGCAGAUUCCGGCGAUCGGAGGCGGAUUCCGGCGACUGGCGAUGGCCGACGGCGGAUUCCGGCGACCCGCAGCAGCUGCAGAUUCCAGUGCCCGGCAGUGUGCGGCGGCGGCAGCUGGCGGUGCCGGUGGCGGAUUCCGGCAACCGGUGGCGGCGGCAGAUUCUGGCGACUGGCGGUUAUGAUGAUUGGAAGAUCAUGAUGGAAGCACACCUCUAUGCUCUACACGACUGCAUGUGGAUGCCCAAGGAGAAAUGGGAUGAUAGAGAUUGCAAAAAGCAUAAUCUGGACAACGUCGCCAAAGCAGCCAUCUUCAAGACACUUGAUCCCAUCACCUUCUCCAAGAUCAAGCAUCUCAAGACUGCCAUGGAGAUAUGGCAAGGUCUUGGGAAGCUAUGUGAGGGAUCAGAGGAUCUAAGAAAGCAGAAGAUAGAAGUCCUGCUUGAGAAGUUCAAAAGCUUCAAAAUGCUUCCCGGAGAAUCAUUUGAUAUGUUGGAUAAAAGAUUCCACAAAAUCUUAAAUGAUCUUGCAUCACUUAACCACAUUCUUUCUCCCAAAGAAAAGAAUGUAAGGUUACUGAGAUCUCUUCCAACUGAGUGGUACACCAAAGCCACAGCCAUGGAAGAAGGAAGAAACCUGGAAAACUACACUGUCCAAGGUCUUCUUGAUGCGCUCAGAACCUAUGAGCAGGAGCUGAAGAAGAAGAAGGAAGAACAAGUCACUCCCUUCCCCACGGCAUUGAUGACAACUCCAAGAGUCCCAUCAAGUGAAGGGACAUGCCCAAGGAACUGUGACACACCUUCCUCCAGCCAACCAUCAAGCUCAAAAAUGGAGAACUACGAUGAGGAAUUUGCCAUGAUGGUUAAGCAAUUCCGGAAGUUCAAGAAGUUCUUCAAAAAAGCUGACUCAGUCAGAAGGCCAUCCAAGGGAAAGCCACAGGUAAGUGACUCCCCUCCUGAAUCCUAUUUGUGUUAUAACUGCAGGAAGCCUGGCCAUUGGAAGUCAGCAUGCUCGUACCCAAAAGUGGAGAAGUACGGAGAAAGAGAAAGAAACGACAAGAAGAAGAAGGCAAUGGUUGCAGCUGAAAGUGACGAGUCAUCCAGCUCAAGCUCGGAUAAAGAAGCCCUCGUCUGCAUGGAGCGCAGAGCUGAGAAGUCCAACCAUGAGGAUCGGUGGACUAUGUCAGAAGAUGACACCCUCUGCCUGAUGGCCAAGGAGAAUGCUGAUCAAGAGUUCAAAAAGAUGAUGGAAGAUUGUGAGGAAAUAAAUCUCAAACACUCAUCCUUAAUAGAGGAGAACAAGCUAUUGAGUGAAGAGAAUCUCAUGUUGACUGAAGGUCGGAAAAGUCAACUAAGUGAUAUUACUCAACUCAAGGCUGAAAAUGAAUCUCUCUCUAAAAAGGUGAAAUCCCUCAACAAAGAGCUAGGGAUACUUAAGUCCAAAGAAGCAGUGGAUAAGCUUCUUGAAACGACCAAACAUAAGGGUCGUGAAGGACUUGGGUUUGACCCCUCUAGUUCCAAAAGGAAAGGGAGAACAACUUUCAUCCCUCGUAAACCUACUGCUAAACCCAAUAAGCAGAAAGGAAAAGAGAAGGAGAAACCCACAGAAGUUCCCAAAAAGGACAUGGCAUCCCUCAAGAACAUCUCCACAAAUGAAGUCAUUCUCACUGGAAAGAGAAUCAGAAACAUCUAUGAAGUGAUGUGGGACGAUGUCAAGGAAGCAUGCCUAAUCAGCAAAGUUGGCAAGCCAUCAAAGCAUGAUCAUGAGGUUCUGGAUCUCUCAGACAAGGAUGAAGAAGUCAAUGAAGAAGAUAGAAUGAAGUCUACAGAGUUCAUUCCAUUCAGAAGUCUACCACUGAAGACUUCACAAAGAAAUCCAGAUUUAGACAGUGCUGAGCCUACUGGAAAUCAUGGCCAGCCUUCCAUUAUUUCGGAUCACUCAAAUGGCGACAAUUCCGGAAGUGGCGACCCAGUGCCAAUCCAUCCGGAAUCACCAACAAACUCUGUUCUUCAACCAGAAGCUGAACUAGAUCAACCAGUCAAUCCUAAUCAACACAAUCUUCGUUGGUUAAGGGAUCAUCCUCCUCAACAAGUCAUUGGAGAUAUUCAAUCUAGCAAAUUGGAAGCAAAAUGCUCUUCACCGGCGUUCUAUCAAAGUUAUCUGGAGAUGAUUGCCGCCCAAGAACUUACCGAAUUCCUUCAUAUGGAGAUUCACUCCAAGUAUGAAGGUGAAGUUCUUGAAUUCUACCGGAACGGAAAGGUCAAGAUUGUUCAAUCGAAGAAGAACCCACAGAGGACGCUUCAAAUUAUCAAGUCCACUGUUGGAGGAGCCAAAGUGAAGAUUUCGCAGAAGAAAUUGGACGAAAAGCUUCAUCUUCCCAAUUCUGGAAGUGAAAUUGGGAGACUUCUAGCUAAGAAUCUGGACUGGAAAACCAUUGGGAUUUCUGGACAAAUCCCCUCUGGCCCAGCGAAGAAAGCAGACCUGAACAACGACUACAAAUUAGUCCUGGAGCUGGUCAUCGCAUGCCUUGAGUGUGGAAGUGGAGGACAUGCUAAUGACAUCACUCAAGAAAGGGCCUUCAUCAUCAACGCCCUCAUCACCAAAUCUAAGGUAAAUUGGGCUGCACAUUUCUUCAAUUCCAUUUCCAAGCACUUAGGAAAGCCCAAACAGAAAUAUUUGUGUCAAGGACUGUACCUUGGGUACAUCUUGGAGUCCAUGGGCGUUGCCUCUAAAGGCAAGAAGUAUGAUGCCAAAUAUUGGCUAUACUAUCUGUCUUUCAAAGGGGAAAACAGAGCUGGUACUAGUGCAACUGCAGAGGAAAGUUCUUCAGACAAUGUCCUUAUCAUGAGUCUGAAGAAGUCAGUAAAAAGGAAGCAAGUGGUGUCUCCCUCUCCCAGUGCUAAAGCACCACAGAAUCUAGCAUUGUUGAAUCUGGAAGAAGAAGAAGAAGUUUCUACCCAAGGGAAACUACAAAGGAAGAAGAAAACGAAAAUCACCUCUCCCUCAACAUCUGGAAAUGCCAACCCGGAUGAGUUGGUGGGAAAGGAACCAGUUGAGGAAAUCUCUGCUCACAACCAGAGCCCUCAACAACUUGAUGAAGAAAUUCCUCAAGUUCACAGUUUUCCAACUCCUUCAUCACAGGCUCAAAUUGAUGAUGCUGAGAACCAAUUCUGGCAGCUCUAUUAUGACUGGAGAGCUUGGAAGGUUGGGAACUCAGCAGAACAGUUGUUGGGAUGGGACCAACAACUGAAAAAUGAAAAGAUAAUCAAAAGAUGCUUGGGUCUGCCAGUCAACUAUUGUUGUGAGCAAAUCCUGGAUGUUGACUGGCCAAUCUUUUCAAAGGCCACAGAAGAUCAGAUGGCUCUUACCACUAAAGCACAAGCAGAUAUGGAAGCCACAGCAGAGGAUUUCCAAAUUUUUCCAGAAACCUCCCCUGCUUUUGAGACUGUUCUGCCUGAAGCUUUCCAGGAGAAUGCAGCUUCUCCCCAACGAGAACAGCACCAGGAAGCCUCAGAAGAAGAACUUCAUCAACUCCUCCAAUCUCAAGUUCAAGAGAUUCUCACAACUCCUUGUGAGAGGAGUUCUGCAGAAGCUGAAAAGGAAGCUCAAAUAGAUGGACUGGAGACCUCUGAAACUCCAGUUGCUAUUUUUGAGCAGAACAUCGGUGAUGAAGACAGAGAUUCUCUUUCAAGGGACAUCUCAAAAUUCAUGAAUGAGACAGAGGAAGAAUCGGAAAAGACGCUAAGGAUUGAUGAUGAAGGAGCUGAGCAAGGAUAUGCUGAAUCCCUCCCUUUGCAACUCUUCCACAGAGCACCUCCUUCUCAUCAGGUAACAAACUUCCAUUUUCACAGCUCUUCCAAUUCUACUCUACCGGAUGAGGUACCGGAAACCUGGACAAGAAAGGUCCAAGGGUUGAUUGAAUCAGCCCUAGCGUCUCAGCAUGCCUCUUUUAGGCAAGAGAUAGAAAAGAUGGAAGCUAGGUAUAACAAGCUAAUGGAGAAAACCGAAGAAAAACAUUGCUCAGAUCUCAAGGAGAUAAGCACAUCGGUGGACAAGACUCUAGAGAUCAUCUCUCUAUUGAGUGACUCUGUGAGCACCACAAUGGAGGCGUAUGCAUCUCACUGUCAUCUACAACUCAAAGAGGUUAAUAAAAUCAAAGAGCAGAUUGCAACAGUCAUAGUGAGUCUACAGAAGCAGAUGUCCUUUCUCCAGAUGGACUUUAGGUCCGCCCUGGCAGUGUCUUCAGCAAAUCAGGUAGUAACCAAAGACUACUUGAAGGUUAUUCUUGAAAAUCAGAAGGAAGCUUUCAGACUGUUCAGACACUUUGGCACCCACACUGGCAAUCCCAAGUUGGAAGUCAUUGUCCAACACAACAGUCCAUCCCUGAUUCCAGAGCUUCCAAUUGAAGUCAAGCAAGGAGAACUUACCUACAUUCCAUCGCAUCUAAAGAUGACUGAUUUGAUCCUUGAAGCUCAGCGGAGCAAUCCGGAGAACUUAGCACAGCAUCUGUCUAGCUCAAGUCUAGAUGGAACAGAAGCUGUAGGAACCAUUGCCUCCCACUUCUCAAAUGAUGCCCACACAAAGGAGAGAUACCACAACCUCAGGCGCAUCAGAGAACAGUGUGGAAAUAUGCAAGGCAUUGGUGAGAUUGUCGGAUCUUCUUAGCGCAAGAAGCACUGAAGGCUCUUUUCAUCAAACCAGGGGGAAGUAUGUGACAACAACAUUUUGUUUUGAUGAAAACACCUUCUUGUUUAAACAUUGCUUGUUUUGUUUUAAACAUUGCUUAAUACUUCUCUUAAUCAUGCUUAUUAUGCUUGAUCAUAUUCAUUUUUAAGUAUGAUUUUUGAGAUUUAUCGCUGGGGAAUGUAAUUCAGGGGGAACUUAACUGUUUUUGGCUAACAAUUGUUUUUGGUAAUGAACUAUUGAUGAAUCC